AUGGAUGACAAAGUAAGAAAGUUUAGAUACUUCUCAUCUGCUGCUGAAGCAGGACAUGCUGGUGCUUUUGCUUUUCUUGGAAAGAUGUACCUAGAUGGUACACAUGUAACUCCACAGGACAAUACCACAGCUUUCAACUUUUUCCUGCGUAGUGCUGACAAGGGAAAUCACAAUGGCCAGGCCGGUCUUGGUGUUAUGUAUAUGCAAGGAAGAGGCGUUCGUAGGGAUUACGAAAAAGCGUAUCGUUUGUUUUCUCUUGCUGCCGAGCAGGGUUGGGUUGAUGCGCAGUUGUACCUCGGAGACAUGUUCUUCAAUGGUCUUGGGGUGAAGAGGGAUUACAAAACUGCACUGAAGUACUAUCAGAUGGCAACUCAGAAUGGACACGUAUUGGCCUCAUAUAACCUUGCACGCAUGCAUUCCUCAGGCAUUGGAGUGUUAAGAUCUUGUACAACAGCCGUUGAAUUUUACAAAAACGUAGCCGAGCGAGGACGUUGGAGCGAAAAACUUAUGGAAGCAUACACUUCAUAUAAGGAAGGACGGCGAGACGAAGCUGCCAUGAAAUAUCUGUUUCUUGCGGAACUUGGUUACGAGCCUGCU